CAAAAAACCUAAGAAGAAGAAGAUAUUUAAAAAGGGUACUAAAUUUUUGAAAAAGAUUGUUUUACAAUGAAUUUUAUAAACAUUUAUCUAAUGUUUAUGAAAUCACCUCUACGGUGAAAUGGAAAUGGAGUGAAUUGAAAAAAAAACAUAGAUCCCUACACAAACAAAUUGAAACAUUGUUCAUUUUGAUUUUUGCUAGAUUGCAUUAUCAAUCCUGGAGAUGUUAUAUGAUGAAAUAAGCAGAAAAUAAUGUUUAUAAAUAGAAUCAGUGAACAGUUGAAACCAUUUUCCCAUAAGAUGCCGUACCUAAAUUCAUUUUUCAAGACCGAAGUUACGUGCAUACCAAAGAUACUCAGAAAAUGUUUUGGUGACUAUUAUAACAACUCAUUGAGUAACGGAGCUACUUGGAUUUUCAUGUUAUGGAGUGCUCUACAUAUCACUUUUGAAACCUGUAUUGAUACUAUUUUGAAAAAGUUGAGAUACAGAGAGUAUGUCCGUAUAAGAUUGAGAAGUAGUCUUUGGUAUUUAGGAUUCUAUGGAACGGUUUCAAUUUACUGUGGGACAAAACUCUUUCGAAAUGAAAUUGAGUUGUUCAAUUUCAAGAAAAUGCAUGUACCUACCAGUAAUAAUCUACCGACACAAGUGAUAUUAGGAUAUAUUUUGAUAUCAACAUAUUACUUACAUACUGCAUUCUGGGAAGGACUAAGGAAUGGAAUGGUGGUGAAUGUAUUCCGUUAUUUGUUUUUGUUUCUUUUUAUGGUCUCUUCUUUCAUUCUGAGAAUCGUCGAAAUCUCAUUUUCACUAACAGCCUUAAUAAGUAUUGCUCAAGUUGGUCUGGAAUUUACAAGAUGUGCUUUCAUGUUAUCAUCGCAAGCAACUGUAUUGGCAAAAUUGUUUCUGUCAUCUAUAUUUAUUGCAGUUUUUGUUGUUUAUACAACUGUUCACGUCAUCAUUAUACCAUUAACAUUUGUGGCACCUUUGGGAUUGAAGAUCAUGUCAGAUUAUCCUAAUGCCUUGCUAAUUUUCCUGUUCUUCAACUUAGUUGCCUGGUUAAUGGUAGAAAUUUAUCAGUCGGUUCUUUCCAAAGUUGUGGAUCACUGGCUAUAUCAUAUGCAACAAAAGGAAAAAUCUGAUAGUGAUAGUGAAACCGAAAGGUUUGAUAAUCACCAGAAUGUUCAGUGUGCCCUGACUGAAUGUGCUUUAUUUCAAGUGAGAAAUGAUUUUGCUUACAAUAUCAAAAUUUUAAGGAAAGAAAUAAAUGACAGGAAAAACAGAAAUAUUGCCAUGAGAAAGCCAAAAAAUGUGUUUUUGCAAACUUUGAAAUGUAUGGUUGCCAUGAAAAGAAAAUUAAGUGAAAGACGUUUGUCUGGCCAUUUUCCAUUAGCUGAAGAAUCUGAUGAGAAAAAUGAAGAUUCUGGAAAUAUUGUACAAUCAAAUUUAAAAAAACCCGAGAACCAUAUCGAGGAAAGAAACAUCAAAAUGAAGGAAGAAGAAUGUCCCCCAUUACAUGUUAAGAGAUCUGACGAAGUUUUAUUUAUGACAAACAUUGAAACCGAAUCUGACAAAACAGCUGAAUCUGAAAAUGAAAUGUUACUUUUUACAUCUUUAGAUGAUGCGAAUGAUGUAAAUGACUAUGAUAACCAUCAAAAUAAUGACCAUGUCAGAAAUGUAAACGAAAAUAGAAGUGGAAGUUAAACA